AUCGUCCCAUAAAUUCACCUUGCAUCUUCAAAUCAUUAAAUAAACCAAUCGCAUCAAAAAAAAUCUUCAUCGGCAUCUGUGCCGCAGCCAAAAAUCAAGGCCGCAUUCACCACCCCACCAUCCCACGCAAAAACUAAAGGCUACCGAACGCUCGAUUUUCGAAACCACUCCAAUUUCAACCCUACCAGAGACAUCAUAUCUUCUCACUCCCAACAACAUACUCCGAAAAAUGGACGCAGAAAUCUACUCCCCCUUCACCGUCACCACCACACCCUACAAAACCGUCAAUUCCCAACCCAUACCCCUCUACGUGCUCCUCCCCAAGACUCUCCCUUCUGGACCAGCACCGAUCAUAAUCCACAUCCACGGGGGUUUCCUCUUCGCGGGGAACGCCCUGUAUCCCGACUGGUCGACCUCUUGGUCGCGUCGCUACAAUUUGGAACACAACGCCAUCCGAAUCAGCGCCAACUACCGCCUCGCACCCGAAGCCACUGGUCUCGAAAUUCUCUCCGACAUCCGAGAUCUCCUAACCUGGGUGGAGAACGAUCUCGCGGGGUGUUUAAAGAGCAUCGGUAGUGAUACUACUCCGGAUCUGGAAAGAGUCCUGGUGUAUGGCGAGAGUGCGGGAGGGUAUCUAGCGAUCCAGGCGGGGCUUAUGAGGUCUGAUCUUGUAAAAGCGGUCGUGGCUUGUUAUCCGAUGACAUAUCUUGAUUCUCCCUGGUACGCAGAAAUUGGGGACAAACAUCCGUUUGGUAUCCCUACUAUUAAUAGGGAAGAAACGCUUGAUAAGUACCUGGCGACCAUGGAUCGGGGGAAGAUUGUCACGGAGUCGGACCCGUACGCGAGAAUGCCGCUCGCUGUUGCCGCGUUGCAGAACGGAUUGUUCCCUGAGAUUCUGGGGAAGGAGGAUGAAAUCUAUCCUGCGAGAGUGCUAGAGAAGAUGAGUGGCAAGGAGAAGGUGCCGUUUUUGUUUACGAUGCAUGGGACGGAAGACAGUGCUGUGCCGGCUGAAGAAACGAGGAGGUUUGCUCAGGCUUGGGAAGAAAAGUUUGGCAAGGGGAGGGUGGUGGCCAAGUUCGAGAAGGGAGAGCAUGGUUUUGAUGGAGAAGUUGAAUAUGAGGCGCCUUGGUUGCAGGAGGGGUUGAAAGCGGUGACGAAGGCUUGGAUUGGGUAGAUGGAAAUAGAGAUGAAAGGAAUAGAAAACCACUUCUAAGUUCUAACGAAUUAACACAAAUUAAUUCUAUCAUUUGAGUGACAUGAG